UGGUUUUUGGGAGAGCAAUACACCAGAGAUACCACGCCCAGGCUGGGGCAGCAUUUGCACUUCCAUUCGUCGCGGGAUGUCGGAAGGCUGCGCCUGACCCAUCCUGCCCCAGUUGUAAAGCACACUUAAUGUUUUCCUUGAAAAUGUCUAUUUAUGUGGGGGCAAAGCAAAGCAGGGCGAUGGACGGAGACUUCUGGUUUCGGGACGGAGAAAAGGAGAGAAAGGGAAGCAAUAGGAAGAGUGGGCGUCGUUUGGGAGGCGACGAAGCAGCGCGACUCGGCGCUCGCAUUAGGCCUAGGCCACGAUUUACACACUGAGACGUGCGCCCGGGUCUCCUGGCACACAGGCAUGUCCUAUACAGCCAUGCAAGAAAUCCACAAUUCGAGAGCUUCAAAUCAGACCCUCUCUGUCUCUGUCCGUCUCUCUCUCCCUCUCUCUCUCCACAAAUCCAUUCGUGAUAUUUUCCCUGUCGCUUUUCCACUUGAUUAAUCACGACCGGACGUGGGGCGUGUAUCCCCCUGGGCACAGGCACCGACGAACUCGAAUACUUUUUGGAGGAACAGAAAUGUCCGAUAAUAUGGCAAUGCCUUCAUAUAUACUAUAUUGUAACUAGUA